AUGAUAGCGGAGUCCUGCAGGAAACUCGAAAGGCUUGAUCUGGUAGUCUGCGACGGGCUUGAAUUGGGAUGUUGCUCGAGCUGCCUUGAAAGCACAGCUAGUCAAAUCGUGCACUCGCCCAUCGGGAACGGAUUUGGAAACUAUGAGGAAUUGAUGGCGUAUUACGCUGGACCUCUGAAAGGCCUUCGGUACUUGCGCCAUCUUUCCUUGGGUAUCUUCCUAUCGCACCACAUGGUCUUGGAUAGGCAUUUUGGGGAUCACCAUCAAGAUCCCAUAAACGUUGACUGUGCAUUACAGUCACGCGACAGUGACUGGGCUUCUCUUGAGGACGAGUAUGCGACCGCCCUAGAAUCCUCGAACGUCCUGAGCCAAAGUAGGAUGGCGUUCCACAACCCCUCGACGAAAACAGCCAGCACAAGCAAAGGACCCAGCUUCUACGAGGCUCAAAAGCAUACGACUGGCGAGCCAUCGACCGCUUGUAGCGCCUGCGCUGCCGCCAACCACAGCAUACGGCAAGUCGAGCUCUUCGCAUCCCUCAGGAUAGCACAGCAGUUGCCACGUCUGGAGAACAUCCGGUGGGCAUCAUGGUUCACUGCGUCCGUUGAGAGUGUUCGGCGGCCCCCGUGGGUAACAGUCUGGAUAUCGAAAAAGGACGAUGGAGGGAUUAAAGCGGCAAGAAAGCCACAGUCACCAAUUCGUGGAUAG